AUGCGCAACAGGGGCCGGAUUCUGCUAGAAGGAUCAAAUGUUUUUGUUUUCGUGCGGGAUGGAAGGUAGUUGACAGGUCGACAUCGAUAUCUACGACGGCAAACGUUUCUCAGCUGAAUCAACUCUACUUGCAGUGACCUUGUAACAGCCUGCAAGAAGACAAAGCCAUGGGGAAUACAAGCAGUGAGAGGGCUGCAAUGGGCCACGGCGAGAAGGCGCAGCGGAGGGACAGCCGAGGUAUCAAAGAGGGUGAGAGGCCAAAAAUCCUCAUGGAUAGCCCAGAGGAUGCUGAUAUUUUUCAUGGAGAGGACAUAAAGGCACCCUUAGAGAAAGAGGAGUUCCUUGCUUGGCAGCAAGACUUAGAAUCAGAUGACAAGGCACCAACUCUGGAACGGCCGACAGUCUUUCGCUGGAAAGGAGAUGGAAAGGAGGUCUACCUCUCUGGAUCCUUCAACAACUGGACCAACAAAAUUCCCCUUAUUAGAAGUCAGAACACCUUUGUGGCAAUUGUCGAUCUACCUGAGGGGGAGCAUCAGUACAAAUUUUACGUGGAUGGUCAGUGGACCCACGACCCAGCUGAGCCUGUUGUAACCAGUCAGCUAGGCACAGUCAACAAUAUCAUUCAGGUAAAGAAGACUGACUUUGAGGUUUUUGAUGCGCUAAUGGUGGAUUCGCAGAAAUGCUCUGACAUGUCAGACCUUUCUAGCUCUCCUCCUGGGCCAUAUCAUCAGGAUGCUUAUGUCCCUAAACAGGAAGAGAAGUUAAAAUCUCCACCCAUUCUUCCACCUCACCUUCUACAGGUCAUCCUUAACAAAGACACUGGGAUUUCUUGUGACCCUGCACUGCUCCCAGAACCCAACCAUGUCAUGCUCAACCACCUCUAUGCACUUUCCAUUAAGGACGGAGUGAUGGUACUCAGUGCAACACAUCGCUAUAAGAAGAAAUAUGUCACCACCUUGCUUUAUAAGCCCAUCUGAUGAAGCAUUCUUUUCUAUAUUUGGAGCUGUUGUUAACUGUACACCGAGUGUACAAAAUGCUAGCCACACUUUUUUCAAAAAAAAAAAUCUAGUGUAUAUUCCUUCCAGGUUUCACCAGUUAGAUCCAUUCUGACCAAAAGAAGCAGCCUUGAAUAAGCACGAGGGAACAAAUUAAGUUUGUAAAAUGUUGACUUGAUUCCCAGAAAAAAAUUUGGACUGAGGGUUAUAGCAAUUGCUUUACAGUAAUACACUAAAAGCCAUACAUACAAAUAACAAAUGAUUCAGUUAGACAGCCACUUACUGAAAAACAGACAGAAAAGAGUUAUUUUAAAGGAAGCCUGCUGUAAAAGGCAGUUUAAGUGAUGAUGCUGCUUUUCCCAUGCAGUACAUCACAUCUGAUUUUUGUGUCAUAUAUCAGCGCAACUAACUAAUAGCUGGAUUGGAUUGGUGGGUAAAUGGGGUCACUGUGUUCACUUCAGUUCUGUGUUGCUCUGUUUACUAUAGGAAUAUUUAAUACGUAACAUAGACUAUAGUAAAAUGGCCUGCCUGCAUUUGUAUAGCGC